AUGGAUAUUGAUGACCCGUGGAGAAGUGUCGGGUCAAGCACUCUUAACCAUGGAGUGGCAGGUUUGAAUAUAUUGAAUGGCAGCACAGACGAUCAAUUGGAUAAACUUAAGCAAAGUCUACGAAACUCUAUCGAUGACUCUAAAUGGGGACAUGUUUAUAAAUUACUGGAAGAUAUCGACUCCAGUGAGAUGGAAUUUCAAUCUGCAGUUGAAAGUCUAAAUGUUAAUGAUAAACGUCUAACUGGUGUUCCUGUAAUAACGUAUUGUAUUGCGUAUGACAGACUACCGUUCUUAGAGACGUUACUAAGUAACAGGGAAAGUUAUAAGAAGGGAUUGGAUUUAAACCUUACUGAUGAUUUAAACCAUUGGACGCCCAUCAUGUGGUGUUGUUAUUUGAAUCGAUAUGCGUGUUUAACGGAAUUGAUGAGAUUUUCUGAUAAGUUAGACAUGUUCUAUACAACCAGCACUGGACAAUCGGUGCAAUCAUUAUUGGUACCGGGAACCGCUAUUUAUUCAUUCAUGGAUAUACAUCAGGUGUUCAAUGGUAAACCAAAAGAUUUGCCUGAUUUGUAUAAAGCACCACCAGAAAUGAAUACUGCAAUUGAUCCGACCAUUGAUGAGUUGAAUUUACGGACUGUGGAUAUGAGAUUGCAUGAUGACAUAGAUGAUAAUACUGCAUAUUUCGAACCUGAAAGUCGUUCGGCUAUACUUGAUGUUAAACCUGAUAUUCCUCCAGAUUCCGAGUUUAAUUACAAGCAUCUUGAACCUAGGCAAUACAUCUCUUUUACUAGUUUGGAUAUCGAAAGUUUAUCUUCAUUGGUUGCAAAACUUCCAAACAAAUACCCUCAUAAACCCAACAUUGCGGCCGCAGUUACUUUCCAAUGCAUCAGAUACGCUCAUCACAAAAGGCAUAAUAGAACCAUGAUUGAAUCUAUCCAUAACUCAUGUCUUCAAAAGUUAUUAGCGGCAGAUCCGAACCAGGACAUCCUAAAGCAAUCUUAUACGUUGGGAUAUCUCAACCUAUUGUAUUAUUACAUGUAUCGUGACGAAAUGGUCUUCCCUGCAUACCCCCAUUUAUUACAGGAUAUUAUAGACUCCAUUCUACUGUUAAUAAAAAAUCUAUCGGCAUCCAUCAAUUCAAGACUAGAACCAUUAUUACAUCCUGGAAUCCUUGAAUAUACAACGAUCUCUGAUGUUAAGGAAACGUUGUACAAAAAUGACUGGAACUUUUUCAAGAAGCGGAAGCUCAAGCGUAUGAAACAUGAUUCAUAUGACGACAUUCUUCAGCUUUUGUAUCCUCCCUCAGUAAAGGAACAAAUGAAACCUUCUCCUCUUAAAAUCGUUCAGAUUUUUGGUGCCUUGACAUAUGUUUUCGACUUGCAUGACAUUCAUCCAGUUCUUUUGCAACAGUGCUUGUCUAUAUCAUCUAAGUGGUUGGCUAAUACAAUUUUCAACGAGAUUAUACAAUCUAAGCAACUCUCUUCAAGAGCACACGCGAUGCAAAUAAGAUUGAAUCUCUCGAUCUUACAAGAUUGGGUGAAAAACCAUAACUUUUCUGUCCAGAAGCCCGAUCUAAUGGAUGACUUCAUGUGGCAAAGGUUCCCACUGACUAUAGUUCAAGAUGUUGGAUCCAUUGAUCUGAAGAAGCCUUCUCAACCUCUUGAAAACGUUUAUUUCUAUAAACCGAUCAAAAAGGAACCUUGUACGGACGAAUCAAACUCAUUAUUCUUUUACCAAUCUUUUGCACAUAUCUGGCAAUUUCAUUUGGAACCAGUUUAUCAACUAUUACAAUGGUUACAAGUUGCCACUUCCUUGGAUCCGAAUGAAGAUGUUCUGAAUGGUACUAUUGAUAGGUUAAGCCGAUUAAACGUUACACAGUUGUAUAAAUCGUUGGAUCGUUACAGAUAUGAACUCAAUGAAGGAAAAACCAGCAUGAAGAAACUUUUGAAGCAAAAGGUGAAAGCUAUCAAAGAUCAACAACCCGUUUUACUUGACAUCGAAUUUUCUGUUAAGCUAACUCUACCUACCCUUCAAGAGCUAUACUUUUUAUAUGAUGAAUGCGAGUCCAGUUAUAGAUUUUUGCCGAUUUUACCAAUUGCGAUACAAGAUGAAAUAGACGAAAUUCAUGACCAGAUCAAAAUUGAUAAUCAGUUUGAGGUGUCAUCUAAUGCCUUUGAAGACAUGGACGAACCAAAACCCGCUGCACAUGCAGUUUGGACCUCUAAUGAAAUGAAACUUACAGAAAAUCCUUGGUGA